AGCAAUCCCACCUGAUGAGAGAGCAUGAAGAUGUGCAGGAGCAAACAAUGCUGCGCUACGAGGAACGAAUCACAGAGCUGCACAGUAUCAUUGCUGAACUGAACAAGAAAAUUGAUCGACUACAGGGAACAACAAUAAGGGAGGAGGAUGAGUACUCAGAGCUGCGGUCGGAGCUCAGCCAGAGCCAGCAGGAGGUUAACGAGGACUCGCGCAGCGCAGACCAGAAUUCCAUUUCGGUACCAGAGAAUCAGUCCACCAUGGUCACUGCAGAUAUGGAUAACUGUAGUGACUUGAAUUCAGAACUGCAAAGAGUGCUGACAGGUCUGGAAAAUGUUGUCUGCGGGCGGAAGAAAAGCAGCUGCAGUUUGUCAGUAGCAGAAGUGGACAGACACAUUGAACAGCUCACUACUGCCAGUGAACACUGUGAUUUAGCCAUUAAGACUGUAGAAGAGAUUGAGGGUGUACUGGGACGUGACCUUUACCCAAACCUGUCAGAGGAGAGAUCUCGAUGGGAGAAGGAGCUCGCUGGCCUACGAGAAGAGAAUGAAAGCCUCACGGCCAUGCUGUGCAGCAAAGAGGAGGAGCUCAACAGGACCAAGGCCAGCAUGAACGCUGUCCGCGAGGAGAGGGACAGGCUGCGCAGAAGGGUUCGAGAGCUGCAGACACGUUUGCAGAGCGUGCAGGCAACGGGCCCGUCCAGCCCCAACCGUCUCACUUCUGCCAAUCGACCCAUCAACCCCAGCACGGGAGAGCUGAGCACCAGCAGCAGCAGCAACGAUAUUCCCAUUGCCAAGAUUGCUGAAAGAGUGAAGUUGUCAAAGACAAGAUCAGAGUCUUCAUCAUCUGAUAGACCUGUCUUAGGAUCAGAAAUCAGCAGCAUAGGGGUGUCUAGUACUGUGGCCGAACAUUUGGCACAUUCCCUCCAAGACUGCUCAAACAUCCAGGAAAUCUUCCAGACUCUCUAUUCACAUGGAUCUGCUAUCUCUGAAAGUAAAAUUCGAGAGUUUGAAGUGGAGACAGAGAGAUUAAAUAGCCGUAUUGAACACCUGAAAUCCCAGAAUGACUUACUGACAAUAACACUGGAAGAAUGCAAGAGCAAUGCUGAGAGGAUGAGCAUGCUUGUUGGGAAGUACGAGUCCAACGCCACGGCCCUCAGGCUGGCGUUGCAGUACAGUGAACAGUGCAUAGAAGCAUAUGAACUGCUGUUGGCAUUGGCAGAAAGUGAGCAGAGUCUUAUUCUUGGGCAGUUCAGAGCUGCAGGUGUUGGUUCUGUUGGGGACCAGACAGGUGAUGAAAACAUCACACAGAUGCUUAAGAGAGCUCAUGACUGCAGGAAGACAGCUGAGAAUGCAGCAAAAGCCUUGCUAAUGAAACUAGACGGGAGCUGCGGGGGAGCCUAUGCAGUCACUGGCUGCAGUGUACAGCCCUGGGAGAGCCUCUCAUCCAACAGCCACACAAGUACCACCAGCUCAACUGCAAGCAGCUGUGAUACGGAAUUUACAAAGGAGGAUGAGCAGCGGCUGAAGGAUUACAUCCAGCAGUUGAAAAAUGACAGGGCAGCAGUGAAACUGACAAUGCUGGAGCUGGAAAGCAUCCACAUUGAUCCCCUUAGUUAUGACGUUAAGCCACGGGGAGACAGCCAGAGGCUAGACCUGGAAAAUGCAGUCCUGAUGCAGGAACUUAUGGCAAUGAAGGAGGAGAUGGCAGAGCUCAAGGCACAGCUUUACCUGCUAGAGAAGGAGAAGAAGGCAUUGGAAUUGAAACUGAGCACUCGAGAGGCCCAGGAGCAGGCCUACCUCGUCCACAUUGAGCACUUGAAAUCUGAAGUGGAAGAACAAAAAGAGCAGAGAAUGAGGUCUCUCAGCUCAGCCAGCAGUGGAAGCAAAGACAAACUGGGCAAGGAAUGCAGUGAUGGCACCGCAGCCCCGUUAACUCUUGCUGAGCUGAGACCAUACACUGAGAGUGAACUGACUACUGAGCUGACAAACGCACUCAGGAGGGAGAAGAAAUUGAAGGCUAGAGUGCAGGAGUUAGUGAGUGCUUUGGAGAGGCUCACGAAGAGCAGUGAGAUCAGACAUCAGCAGUCUGCAGAAUUUGUUAAUGACCUUAAAAGGGCAAACAGCAACUUGGUAGCAGCUUAUGAAAAAGCAAAGAAAAAGCAUCAAAAUAAGCUGAAGAAACUGGAAUCACAAAUGAUGGCCAUGGUGGAGAGACAUGAAACACAAGUGAGGAUGCUCAAACAAAGAAUAGCUUUACUGGAAGAAGAGAACUCCAGACCACACACCAAUGAAACUUCACUUUAAAUGCAUCUCUUUAAAGGAUGCUUAGUGCCAUUACAACUUUCUUUCUUUUGGAGGCUGACUUUUAGGGAGCUUCAAAUGCUAAAAGCUCUGACUGUCAAUGCUGACACACUUAAAGCACCUUCUCUGGGAUCCCAGAGAGGUGUCAUGGGGAUAAUAAAAAUGUUAACCGUAAGAACUGUUUCAUAAUGUAAAAUGGCAGUGCCUGAAUUAUCAUGCUAUAAUUAUGUACAUUGUCUGUGUCGUUAUGUCUAUAUUCAUACAGCUUCUCUUCCAUUUUAUAUACGUCCCAUGGGUGACAGUGUCACAUAGCAAAAUAAUUAAUUUUAAGAGGUUUUCAUUUCGGUCAUUUGGAGAUCAUUUGAGAGUUUUCCCAAUCCCUGAGCUCCCUCUGCACACAAGUCCAUAUUGUACCCCAAGAAAGACUUGCUGUUGUGGUUAAACCAACCAAAUGGGCAGCUGCAGAGAGGGGAGAUGACAGGCUGCCUUGCUUUUUUGCACUCUGUUUGCAAUACUGCUGCUCACAGUGCAGAGCAGGUAGGAAAAUUCCUGUUGAUUUGGAAAAAAACCCAAGAAACUCUCAGAGUUGCAUCUCUGAGAACCAUGAUGAUGGUGUAUUUCUUACAGUUUGUAAGAGGGCUAAAGGCUGUGAGUUUCACCAUGCCACGUAGAUGGUCUGAGCCAAGGGUGGGUAAGAAAUGAUAGGAGACCUCCUGGUAUUUAUAUUACAUGGUGUUCACAAUGACUUUGUAGAGGAGUUGGUUUUUCUUGCUAACGCAUUAUAGCCAAGGUUUUCUCUAAGAAGCUGGGCCAUUUUUGUCACACGUAUAGUGCUUAUUACAGCUUACUGUGAUCAAGAGGUAGAAUGUCUUUUUUUAAUACUUUUUUUUGACCCAAAAAGGUACUUAUUAGGAAUGUACCUGUUUAAUAUUGAAUACGUAGGCACAAAACUAUAAAUGUGUAGAUGUAUGGAUAUCCUGUCACAAACAGAAUGUGAAUGGUGACGUCUUCUUACAGCUUCUUAGGUUAGUUUUUGUUACUGCUAACAUUUUCUUCUUUCAUUAAAGUCACAUCAUAUUACUGUAUUAUCAAACUGACUGAAUGGCAAAUGUUGCCCUAUUAUAUUAAUGAACAUUAAGCAAAUCAUGGGGAUAAGGUUGAUUUCUGUUGGGGUCAAAAUACAGGAGUCUACCAUAGCACCUGUUACAUUCAGAUUCUUCUUCUUUUUGACAGAGUACGUAAAAGAGCUGCCAUGUGUGUUUUAACAUGCCAAACUAGAGUCAAUUCACUGUGCUAGCCUGCUAUGAUGUUACACCUCUGCUUUGCUUUUUUCAGGCUUAUUUCCUAGGGAAUCUGAUUUCAGGAGUCAUUCAUCCUUUUUGCUUUACAUGUUGAGUUGCACCUCCAGUUUUACAAGUGUAUUUAGAAUUAUGAUAACUUCUCUCACUUAUUCCUCCCAUUUCUAGUACUAAGGAAAUAUUUUUAGACGACUUUAACUGUUUUUCUCUACUGUUGGGUUAGCCCAGGCAGCCAAAAUAUGGGAAUUUGUGUUCAGAGUAUGGCAUUAUUGUUACACCUUGGUUGCAUCUGAAACUGUAGCAGUUGGUGUUCAUCUCUUUCUACUGUAGCUGCUGUUGUCUUCUUUCCCUAGAGUAGUCAUUCCUACUUCCCUAGAGCCUGAUACUUCAUCUACAAAGCCAGCAUGACUGAUUGCAACAGCAAGUUAAAAGAAUGCUGAUUUCAAAAUUUUUAGUUAGUAACAUCCUGGGAUUGGUUUUGAUCAGUCCUCUUUCUCAAGCUAAUUGCACUUGAUUUACAAUGUGAAUGGAAAUUUUUGCAAACCAGUCUGUUGAGGGAGGAGGCAUAUUGAUUUCUGCUGCCUUUAUGGUUUUGCUUAGCAGCUUUCUAUGGCACUUCCCUUUUUUGGCUAAGUUUCUUACCAACAGGAAUGUGGGGUUUUGCCAUAAGCUUCAGUUGUAGCUGAGCACACUUGUUUCAGAAGAAACACAAAGGAAAAUAUCCACUAUGUACUGUGGUAAAAAUGCAGUUACACUUUUGUCUUUUGGCAUCUGAAACACCCAUCUGAUCUGAGGUAAUCUCAAAAUGUCCAUGUGAAAUACCUUUCAAUGAAGAGGACUAGAAACAACUACUGCACUGGAUUGCCUCUUAGGCUCUUUUUUUUUUUCUAUUUAGAAUAACAGAAUCACACAAUGAUUUGGAAGGGACCUUAAAAGAUCAUCUUGUUCCAACCCCCCUG